AUGAAACUGGAACAGGAACUCUUCCCACUUUUGCUGCUGUUGGGAGCCAUCGCCACUUUCCAGUGUCGGGAAGUGCCCCUGCGUACUAAAAGAGGUGCUCGAUCAAGCGCCAUAUGUUUUGACCCAUCAACCCGACGAAUUUUCCAUGAAAUGGAAAGCUGGCUACGUCGAGAAAAGAAAAGAAUCGAAUACUGUCGGUGUGAGGAUGGCUUCAGCCGCUGCCAUGCAGUGCCUGUUAGAGCCUGUGCUCAUGCACAAUGCAACAACAGGGGCAUCUGUCAGGAGGCAUUGUACUCCCCCAGCCACUUCAUCUGCUCCUGCCUCCCGAUCUUCUCUGGGGAGAGGUGUGAGAUUGAUGCCGAAGCCACAUGUUACAAGGAUAAAGGAGUAAAAUACAGGGGAAAGUGGAGCAUGACUGAUAGUGGAGUCGAGUGCUUAAACUGGUACCUUAAUGCCUUGGAAGAGAAGCAGUACAAUGGGCACCGGCCGGAUGCCAUGCAGCUGGGUCUUGGCAAUCACAACUACUGCCGAAAUCCAGAUGGGGACAUCAAACCCUGGUGUCAUGUUUUUAAAUCAGGAUUGUAUUCCUCGGAGUAUUGCAGCAUCUUUUCCUGCUCCCACAGUAAAGACACCUGUGUUUCUGGAAAGGGCACCACAUAUCGAGGCGGCCACAGCCACACAGAAUCUGGGGCCACUUGCCUGAAAUGGGACUCCAAAAUCCUUACUGGCCAGUUCUACACAGCCAGGAAGACCAACGCACGGCAGCUAGGCCUUGGCAGCCACAACUACUGCCGGAAUCCAGACAAUGACAUCAGACCAUGGUGCCAUAUCCUGAACGGCAGGAAAAUCAGCUGGGAAUUCUGCCGUGUGCCAUCUUGCCCCACCUGUGGAUUGAGAAAGCGCAACAAGCCCAGGUUCCGGAUCCUAGAAGGCCUCGAUUCUGACAUCCAGUCACACCCAUGGCAGGCAGCCAUUUUUGCUCAGUACCGCAGAGUGCGUGAAGAUUACUUCUUAUGUGGAGGGAUCCUAAUCAAUUCCUGCUGGGUCCUCUCGGCGGCCCAUUGUUUUGAGGACGGAUUCCUCGUCAAUCGCCUGAAGGUUGUAUUGGGUAGGACUUCCCGAGUGACCCCUGAAGAAAAUGAGCAGCAGUUCGAAGUGGAGACAUACAUUAGGCAUGAAAACUUUGACCAAAUCACGUACGACAACGAUAUCAUUUUGCUGAAACUGAAGUCUAGCUCAGAAGAGUGCGCAAAAGAAACAGACACAGUUCGAGCUGUCUGCCUCCCGGAGCCUGGGCUGAAACUGCCUGCCUGGACAGAGUGUGAGAUCUCCGGCUAUGGCAAGCAGGACGAAUCUUCUCCCUUCUACUCGGAACGUCUGAAGGAAGGUCAUGUGAGGAUAUAUCCGGACAGCUACUGCACACCCCAGCGACUCUUUAACAGGACUGUCACAGAGAACAUGUUGUGUGCAGGAGAUAGUAGGCAGCUGGAUGAUGCCUGCAAGGGUGAUUCUGGGGGGCCUCUGGUUUGUCUGAAAGAUGGCCGCUUUACCCUCAUUGGCAUCAUCAGCUGGGGUGUUGGCUGUGGUAAGAAAGACGUACCUGGUGUUUACACAAAUGUGGUUCGCUACCUGAGCUGGAUUCAGGAGAACAUGAAGAAGCCCUGA